AUAUGUAUACUUUGGACUAAUCUGAGUGAUUAAUCAACGGAAUGUUACAUUGUUUUUAAUGCAGUUUAACGUUACCUAGCCGACCAAGGACAGCUGGACAAUAUGUGACUUGGGUUAGGGUUACUUUUGGGGGUUUAAAAGCGUAAGGAAUGGUAAAUGAAUAAAUAAAAACAAUAACUAAAAAACUUUACAAAUAUAUAACUGCUUGCUUUAGUCGGCAUCUUUGCCUAAAGAUAAUUUUAUCAUAUUAAAUAAAUAUAUUAAACCACACAGACAAUUAUUAGUCUACCUCAAAACAGUGUGUUAUGUUUACAGAAGGCAUGUGUAAAACAUUAAUGUAUUUGUAUGACACAAGUUGUUUCAUAAGGUCUGACAGAUUUGGAGAGGAGAUUAGCAGCAGCAGGCUUAUGGCAUAGAUCUGUUUGCAUGAAGCACGGCUGCUUCAAUUUCUAUAUAAGAGCUGAUUAGGAUGGAGGUGACAUUGCGCAUACUGUAUUCCUCAUGCCGCACAGGCACUUUCACAGCCAGACUUGGACCUGUCCGUCCCUUCAGCCUUACCGUCCACAGGGGAGGCUACAAAAAUGUGAAUGCUGAGGAGUUGUCUAUGGACAUGAAGUCCAUCACAGACCGCGCAGCACAAACACUGCUGUGGACCGAACUGUUCAGAGGUUUGGGCAUGACCAUGAGUUAUUUGUUUAGAGAGCCAGCUACUAUUAAUUAUCCAUUUGAGAAAGGUCCUCUCUCUCCCCGUUUCCGUGGUGAACAUGUACUGCGCAGGUAUCCAAAUGGAGAGGAGCGCUGUAUUGCAUGCAAACUGUGUGAGGCUGUGUGUCCUGCUCAGGCCAUCACUAUAGAAGCAGAGACCCGUGCAGAUGGCAGCAGAAGAACAACCCGUUAUGACAUUGACAUGACCAAAUGCAUCUACUGUGGAUUCUGCCAGGAGGCCUGUCCUGUGGAUGCAAUCGUAGAGGGCCCUAAUUUUGAAUACGCCACUGAGACUCAUGAAGAGCUGCUGUAUAAUAAGGAGAAACUGUUGAAUAACGGAGAUCGAUGGGAGGCUGAGAUUGCUGCUAACAUUCAGGCAGAUUACCUGUACAGAUGAACCAUUAAAGCUCAGAUAACAUCCUGAUAACAGCAAAAAACAAUAGAAAACAUCACUUCAGAAGCUGCCUGAAUUAUAACUAAAAAUGGCACUUUGUAUAGAACCAUAAAAUGUAUUAAUAUAUUUGCUGUCUAAACGCACAAAGCAAGCACAACACACAAUAUAAUGUGCAAUGAAUGUGUAUCUAUCUGUAUUACAUAUCUGUAAGCAUUCAAACAUAGUAGGUUAUACUCAGGGGCACAUAUUACGCACAAUUAUAUAUGAAUGUUCACAGCGAAUUGACAUAUUUAUUUAUUCUUUGAUAAAGUGAUUUAAUGACAAAAAACAAGUAAUAAAAUGUAUGAAAUUCAAAGACUGUACAUCCAAUAAUAUUUUUAACAUUUUCUAUGUAGGCCUAUAUAUUAUAUUAAAUUGUUCAUUAUAUAUCAUUUUAUUUAGUAUAAUAUAACAAGAAAAGCACAACAAUGCACAAUAAAUGUUUAUAUAUCUGUUAUUUAAAGCAGUGCAUUCAAACAUAAUAGGUUAUGCACAGGAGCACAUAUUAUACACAGUAGUAUGCGAAUAUUAAAAUUCACAUAUUUGUU